CAAUACUUGGGCCUUUGUCAAGGAUUCAGGUUAAUCCCGUCACCCACGAGGCUCGUGCGUUUUUUGAAGUGACGGUGCUAACACAUUAUUAUUAUUAUUUUUUUUUCAGCUUAUACCCGUCCGCAUAUAACUGACGAGCAGGAGGAGUUCAUCCAUCGGGUUCUAGAAAUUCCUUUGGAGGACCGUAAGUGCAGGGAUUUGAUUACCCUUGACACCCUCCAUCUAUACUGUGGGGGCCCAAAUCCGUCAGCGGAAGCUCGCAGGUUGGAGGAGUUUGCGCGACGUCGUAAGUAGACUUUUAUUUUUCCGUCAGUUUCAUUAUUUCCGUCACUUUUCCUAAAGUGUUUUCUUUGUGUUGUAGAGAUGGAUUCUGCGAAGCAAAGGAUACGGGCUGCCGCAGCUCGUCAGAAGGAGGAGAGGAAGGCCAAGGAAGCAGGGGGGGAAGCCUCGUCAACCCCCACGGCCGUCGCCAAAGUGGCGAAGAGGAAACCUGACGGGAGUGACGGCCGACCCUCAAAAAAGCCUGCCGUUACUCCGUCAGUCGACCCAUUGAAGGAAAAGUCCCCUCCGACGUCUGGCCAUGGUGCGGGAAAGGGGGUGAUGACUUCCGCUGGUCCCGUCCCUGAGGGUCCGUGCCGUCUCCUAACCCACAAAGAAUAUGCCGUCGGGGAGGUUGAGUCCCUGAUAAAACCAACGGACAUGGAGCCCUGUGAUCAAGUAGGGACGGAGGAUUUAGGGGCGUCGGCCCUCUUUGAUCUCUCCAGGGCCUUGGUUCGUGUCAAAGCCCUCCGUGACCGUUGCGUGGCGAAGGAGGGGGUCGUCAGUCGAGUCCGCAGCCAUAACAAGAACUUGCUGAAUCAGCAGGCUCAGUAUAAGGAAGCCGUCCGUAUCCUGAACCAGGAGCUGCAGGAUGUUAAUGCUAAACUGACGGCGGCCAAUGGCGAGAACGUCAAGCUCCAAGGAGAGGUGACGGCUCUGGAGGAGAGGCUACAGACGGCGGGGGCUGACGCGAUCAGGGACUUCAAAACGUCGCAGUCUUUCAUCGACUCAUGUGGUCAGUAUUAUGGCACUGGGUUUGAUGAUUGCCUUCGUCAGGUUGCGUCGGCCUUCCCGGAUCUGGACUUGUCUGGGAUUACAAUGGACGAUGGAGACGACGUCUCUCUUCAGCCCGAACCCACACCGGAGCAUGACGGCAGCGUCGUCCUGGCUCAGCCUGCCGCUAAUCCUACUGCUUCCGAUUCUCCUGCUGUUAUAGUGGACGUUGAAGACCGUCUUGCUGACGGCAAUCCUGCUGACGUUCCUGCUGCCUAAUUAUGGCUUUGUAGUUUGCUUCUUUUUUCUUUUUUCAUCUCUUCUGGAAAACAGUCGUAAUUUUUAGACAGUUUUAGUUUUAAACAGUUUUAAACAAUUGUAGUUUUAAACAAUUGUAAUGUUUAAGUGCCCUUGACGUUUAUGCAUAGUUGCACGUAUUUCAUUUCCGUCG